CGUAUUUGGAGUGGAUUCUCCGGUGCCCGGGGCAACGCGUCACAACGAAGGCCGUGCGCGCGGACGGUGCGGAGGCGCUUCGUGGCCAGGGCCUCUUGCGGGAGGGGCUUGCUCCAGGGCGACUUGGAGCCCUCGUGGCUCCUGCAGCCCAGUUAACCCGGACUGGAACUGGGACGACCUGAUCUCAGUUAUCCGAUUGGGACGACCUGAUCUCAAGCACUUCUGAGAGGUGACUUGGUUCGUGCAGACACUAGGAUUUUACUGUAAAAGAAGUAGCUCUAAGGAAAUUUUUGAAGUUACCAAGAUAGAGAACACCACUACAAGAACCAACCAUGCCUGCAGAAGUAGGGAAAACGGAUAUGGAGAGGAUUGGCCUCUUCAGUGAGAUGGAAUAUAUUACUGUUGGUGAUAAAUAUGUGUCACACUAUAAUCGACCCUUUAAUGAGGCUGCAAGCAAAAAUAGACAGAUGCUACCUGGGGGAUCCAAAGGAAUGUCAGAUCUCCAGGCAGGUUAUUUUGAUCCCCAUUUUGUAAGGAUUUUUGAAGGUGAAGGCUACAUAAAUCUGAAUCAAGUGAGGAGACAGUAUAUGAUGGAAGAAGCCAAAAAAAAUCUAGCCAAAGCCUUCCUCCCUAGUAGUGGAGAAAAAAAGCCCUGUGGAUUCGGAACCUACUAUGGAACCAUAGGUGGUCCGGUCCCAUUCUUCAGUGCUGAGUCAAAGCCCAGAGACAAGUAUAAGCCACCUGGAAAGAAUUUAUAUACAAGCCCAGGAAAGAAAGGAACUGGAUAUGGCUAUGCAAAUAUUACCAUAGGUAAACAGUUUUCACACUCUGCUGAUUUCUAUGAUGCAUCAAAAGUAAAUUUCAAGAGAGAGAUUGAAGAACAUCAUCGUUUAGUUAAAGGCACACCUUUCAAGUUAAAUCUUUACCCAAGGGAAUAUUUUGACACGAAUCCUUAUUUUUUUGAGAAACCUUUACCACCAAUUAAAAAAGAAGAGAAAAAAGCAUUAGUUCCAAGCCCUUUUAAACCCUCUUCUCCUGGUAAAAAGCCUGGUGGAAUGAAGGCAGGAACAUUUGACCCUUACCCAUCACAUUCUGCUGACCCUUAUAUGACUAAAUUGUCAAAGAGUACCAAGAAAGAUAUUAAGAUUUUCCAUCCACCAAGUGGACCAAAAAGCAGACCAAUUGAAAGUAUAAUCACUUUGAACGUCAAAAGGGCAUUAAAUAUGAAGAACUACAAGACUGCCUCAGUACAGUCUAUUAACAACUGGGAGACAAGUGGCUAAUUAGAUCCUGACUACCAGCAAUUUAUUAUCAAGAGCUAAUUAUUUGAAAAAAUGUAAGAUAUUGUGGGCCAGAUAGCUCAAGCAUUUAAAAGAAAUUUAAACCUGCAACUCUAAUACCCUUCCUUAUUGUAUUACUACUACUUAAUCAAUAAAUAGUAUUUCCUAAUAAUUUAA